AUGGAUCCGCUCAACAUAAAGCUGGAAGUGCCGGAUUUGCCACUUCCGCUCGGAGACGAUGGUUUGAUGAUGUCGAGCGCGGAUUUCCUGCCGACCGAAAACGACCUGUUUCUGGGCGAUGAUGACGACGACGUGAUUGUGGUCCAUAUGGAUUUGCGUGAAAAUCUGUCCACCCUGCGCGGGCUGGUCGAACGGCGGAUCGGUCUUUCGCUGAGGCACUACGAGUUCUGGCUGCAGGGAUCCACAAUGCUCGAGUCACACAAGAACCUGGUCGACCAGUGUGUGCAGGGCGAAGGGUUGGUGCAGAUCAAUGUGCAAGUGCAACCAAACAAACGACGCAUCAACAUUGCGGAUGUGUUGAAACCAACGGACGAGGUACUCGAAUCAUACCAGCGGGAAGUCGAACAAGCGGCCAAAGAAGCGGAAGCGGCUGCAGCUGCCAAGCGAGCGGCGGAAGAGGAAGCGGCCGCAGCAGAAGCAAUUGCCGCGGCGGAGGCCGAAGCGGAACGAGUUAAACGUACUGUUGCGGACAGUUCCAAUCGGGCCGAUACGUCCUCCAAGACGAGCCAGACAAAUGAAUCCCACGAAACGGCCAUUGCCGUUGCAGCUAUCAUUGACUCGGUUAGUGCAGAGGAGCGCGAAAAAGAACGCGAAAAAGAGCGUCGGAACGAAAGGGAGCGCCAGGCAAACGAAAUGGUAGGGAAGCUUAUACCAGCAAUAAAGGAAGAGGUUCAUGGUUUCGCGGACAAUUCGUUAGAUGAUUGUGACGAAUCCGACGGCGACAUUGGCUACGAGCCGUUGGCCGCCCUUCCAUGGGUUCACGACAGUGCGUUUAAGCGUGACCAACAGCGUUUAAACAUUCCGGAUGAUCCACUAGAAUGGACAGUGGCUCAGGUGAAGCACUGGAUCCAAUGGGCGGUUCGGACGUUUAACCUGAACGGUAUUAAGCUACAGGACUGGAGUAUCAGCGGUAAAGAGUUGUGCGAGUUGGAUUCCGACGAGUUUAAGCUUAAAGCACCAAACGAUCCGGGUGGUUUGUUUUGGAUGCAUUUAGAGUUGCUGAGACGGCACAAGAUAGUUGCCACGCUACAAAAGCCGAUCGAAGGCGAACAACUUGUUGAAAUGACCAUUCGCAGGAAAAUACCUAAAGUUAACCUGGGCAGCAAAAAUGACGAAUUUAGCUACUGUGGCAAUCGAACGGGGAACAACGGACAGAUUCAGCUGUGGCAAUUUCUGUUGGAAAUUCUAACCGACCGUGAACAUCGUUCGAUUAUUCAGUGGAUGGGCACUGAUGGAGAAUUCAAACUUUGCAAUCCAGAACUUGUGGCACAGCUGUGGGGCGAGCGUAAGAACAAACCGACGAUGAAUUAUGAAAAACUGUCGAGGGCUCUGCGUUACUACUACGACGGCGAUAUGAUUUCAAAAGUGCACGGCAAGAGGUUUGUGUACAAAUUCGUGUGCGAUUUGCGCGAGCUGCUCGGGUACGAUGCGUCCGAACUUGCGGCCCUCGUCAACGAAGGGUCUCCCGUUAGUACCGAUACUCAGUACGAGAACCAUAAUUACGACGUCGAUUUUGAUUGA